AGCUUAGAUUACAGUUCGAGUAUAAAAACUGUUACACUGCACUUGGAAAAACAUUCAGUGCCAAUAUUCAAUUCAAUAAACUAACAGACACAAUCCACGACAUCAGCUAAAAAUGAAAUCCUCAAUCAUCUGCUGUAUGCUGGCGACAGUAUUACUCAGCCUGUGUGUUUUCAGCGCAGACGCCGGCUUACGCAAACCCAAGAAGCUCACACCAGAAUUGGAAGCGAAAUUCGAGGUCUUGACUGCUUGGAUCGCCUAUCGUCUCAACUUGAAACACGCCAAGGAAGCUUGUAUUGGGGAAUAUGGUUACUCGGAUGAGCUCGCCACAAAUCUGGUCAAAAUAAAAGUUGCAAACCCGACGGAUCAACAAAAGUGCUACGUGAAUUGUCUCUACAAUAAAUUGGUAUUCUACAAGGACGAUGCUAUCAACAAACAGGCCAUGAAGGAGUCGUUGUAUGAAAUUGUGGGUGAACAACGCUUGCUGAAUAUUGUGAAUGGUUGUCUCAAUGCUGGCGGCACAAAUGCCUGUGAUAAGGUGUACAAGUUCCAUGCUUGUGCCUCACCGGAAUUCGAUAAAGUACGCGGUGACAUUUUCUUGCCCGAUGAAUAGAUAAUUUACUCCAAUUUAAACUAUUGUAGAUUUCUUUUUUAAAUUAGUUUAUUUAAGAUUUUGUGUUGAAUAUAAUUUAUAAAUGUUUUGGAAAAAUAAUAAACUUUUUUGAAAUUAAAAAAAAACA